CAUCUCCCAGAGGUUUGAGAAAGAAGCGCAAGUUUAUCAUCAGCGUACAGUAACGUUAGCUCCACUAGAGGACUUCAUCACUGUCUGUUCCUCUGCCCGAGAAUCCCACCUGAUAUGCCCGUGUUCACUGGACACCAUGGGGCCAUUCCACACUUCAGGCUUCGCAGGACUACAACAUACUAUUAACAUGGAUGGCAGGGACGAAUUCACCGAAGACAGUGAAUGCUGCAGCAACAACUCCCAGGAAGUCCAAGGGCAGGAUAGCCUCUCAGAAGACAGCGAUAGCGACCCUGACAACCACGGUGAAGACUCGUCCUCCAACACCUCUGCCGACGACCACAUGACCACCAAGAGAACGCAGUGCCGCCUACAAGGAGCGGGAGUCAAAGAGGAGAGCGAGGAAGGGGCAGACCACGGCAACAACUUUGUUUGUCCUCUCUGCACGCUGGAUUUUAGCAGCCCCGAGAAGCUCAUCUCCCAUGUCUACCAGCACACGACUAUGAUGAGCAACACCAAGAGCUAUGUGUGCCCAGUGUGUGGGCGAGCCCUGAGUUCGCCUGGCUCACUUGGACGGCAUCUUCUCAUCCACUCCGAGGACCGCCUCUCCAACUGCGCUGUCUGUGGUGCACGCUUCACAGACACCAACAACUUAACAGGUUUACCCCAUCUACACUGGCCUUCACUUGCAUCUAUCCCCGAUGCUCUAAACUCCUCUUCUUCAGGCCUUCCUCCCAUCCCUGACAUCCUGAGCCCUAUGCCGGUGUAUCCCGCCGGAGUGCUGCUGGUGUGCAACAGCUGCGUGGCCUAUCAGCAGUUAGUGGAGGCCCAGUCGCCGAUGAGAAAGUGGGCUCUGCGCAGGAAGAACGAACCCUUGGAGGCUCGCUUGCAGCGUCUGGAACGCGAGCGCACAGCGAAGAAGAACAAGCGGGCAUGUGAGACAGAAGAGGAGCGGGAGCUGAGGAGGCUGCGGGACCGAGAGGCCAAACGCAUGCAGAGGAUGCAGGAAACAGAGGAGCAGCGUGCACGUCGUCUGCAGAGAGACAGGGAGGCCAUGCGUUUAAAGAGGGCCAACGAGACGCCAGAGAAGAGGCAGGCUCGGCUGAUCCGCGAGAGGGAGGCAAAGAGAAUCAAGCGACGCCUGGAGAAGAUCGACCCUGCUCUGAGGACACAGAUAGAGCACGAUCCUGCCGCCAUGGCCGCUCUGACAGCAGACAUGAGUCUCUUUCAGUUCCCCUGCCCUAUGCCUGUCCCCUCCAUUGAUAAUGGUCUUUUCAUGAAGCUGCCCUAAUUGGACCAGGCCACUGGGGGGGAAAUCGACUGGCUUCUAGCAGCAUCAUUAACCUCUGCACUGCGCCAUCAGGCUGCUGUGGUCCCAGUGAACCAUUCCGAGCUGGUUUCCUCCCAGCUUCUUCUGUGUGGAACAGCUUCACACACAAACUGCUUUGUUAAAUACAACAAACACUUCUUCAAUUUCUAAUUUAUUAAAGUCUAGAAAACCUUGGGAACAGGGUUGAGAAUGUUUCAUAUCAUGUGGACGAUGACAUAAGAGCAUGUUGUAAAGAGAUUUAUCUGUUUGUCAGUGGACAAGCAGAUGGACACAGUUCAUUCUAGUAGGAGCAGUUACACUUCCUUUGAGGAAAAAGAAUCUUUUGCACAUGGACCUUCAGUGAUGGGAGCGGGGACUUUGUAGCCACAGCCCCCUCCUCUCUGGUCCACCCCGCCAACCCAGUGACUCGGAUUUACUGGUAGCUACACCUCUCUCUUCAAGCUGCUGCCAUGGGUCCCUGGGAAGUUCAUAUUCAGUCUAACUACUACCUCAGCCGGCGCCGUACUCGCGCCUUUCUGUCCUGUGGCUUACUGCGUUCCAACUCCAAGCUUCCAAAGCUCUAUAUGUACUGUACACAACUACAGAGGAUGCAGGUUGUUUUCCACAAUUUGUGUUUUUAUUUAUCAUUCAGGCACUUUUAUAGGACACACACAUUCGCAGGAGCAACUCAUUUACUGAAGCUGUUUAUGCUUGUAAUUCAGAGCAUUUGAUUCGAGUGUUUCUUAGCUGAUAAGCUCUGAAUGUUUGUCCUAUUGAACACGCCCAGUGUUUAGCAACAUUCCGUUCUCCUGAGUUGUACAUCUUAAUGCAGCCGCCUCUUUACAUUCUCUUUGCCAAGAUUUCAAUCUCUUUUCUUUACACUCCGAAUAUUUUUGCCAAUGUCGUUUCUAUUUUUUUUUUAUGUUCUGUUACAGAGCUUCUUCUCUGGCUCAUAAAAACUCAGUCUCUGCUGCUGUUAUUGUACUGUACAAUACAUUAGUUACCUCUUCUAUAAAUAUCGGGCUCAUUACGUUAAAGAAUAUUGUGCUAAAAUGUUCCAUUAGGUGGUCAAAAGGAAACAGUACCUAAUAUGUUACCUGUUCGCCUCAGAAUUUGUCACGUUACUUGAAUUCUGCCCUCACAGAUGCAUUUGUUUUCCUGGUUCUGAGUAAAUUACAUGAACGUGGGUUAUUAUUGUUAAUAUCUAGAGAAUCAUACACAGAUACAUGCAACCUCUGCUUUGUGCAAUUUGUGUAGCAUUCAUAUGAAUUGUAAAGCUGCAGUAACUUCAAAAAUGUAUACCACUUAAAUUUAGGUUAUUUUUUAUAUCCAUAAGUCAGCAGAAACAUAUUUAUUGAGUCACAUAACAGGUGGAAAUGAUUUUGAACGCCAACAAAACAGUGUUUUUUUUUUGUUUCUUUCUUCCGUUACUGAGCACAGGGGCUAAUUCCAUGACACAUACAGCCCUUACCAGGAGAUUUUAAUAAUCUAUAUUCAUUAACCUCAUUCCAGCACAUAUUUAUGCAAUAUGAUGUGAAUAUAUUUUUCUCGUAAAAGUGUUUGGGGUACUUUGUUGGUAGAAAACUGUUUUGAUGCUUAUUUUUGAGGCCAUGUUUGGAUAUCCCUUGUUUCGUUUCCUGCCUGUAAGGUUACCUCCAGUUUAUUUGACUUCGCCUGUCCAGAUGCAAACAUUUACAGUGUCAAACGAGCAGUUUCAGAAAUAUUCUUCGACGAAUAUGACGAGUAGUGGUUCUGUUUGAGUCGCUCCUAGAUGAGAGUCAGUCUACCUGGCGGUUUGUUGCAGCAAAUUUAACAAAGAAGAAGAAAAAAAAAUGUGUUGGGACUUACAGGGGCUUUUCUGGGAGUGCAUCAAACCUCUAUGCAACAGAUGUGCUAUUUAUCAAGGGAAAUGAAUUCACUUUUCACUGAAACUAUGCAGAAUGCGACUUUAAUUUAAACAAGACUUCAAGGAAAGAGUUCAGGUUCUCAGGCAAUUUAACUCAGUGAGAGGGCUCAGAGCCUUGAUUCAACACCCCGGUCCAUAAGAUUCAUUUAUAGACCAUGAUGUGACAGUACCAGAUUUCAGUAGUUGUGCGACUUUUCUAGAGACACUUUUGUCUUCUCAGAUACGUUCUCUCUUCCUAGUUCAGCACAUAAGAGCAACAGGGUCUCACUGCCAUCCUAUUCAUGACAGACACUCUACCAAGGGCAGAUCACUGUUUUCAGAAAAAGGCUUCAGGUGUCAUUUCUUUCUCUUCUCCUCUCUCAGACUAUGAAUACUGGGUAUUCUCAGAGGUUGCUCUUUGAUAGUGCUGUGAUCCCCUUUGUCCUGCAGUGGAAUAAUGGGACAGAAAAACGUCAGCGUCAGUGUUCUGGCGUACUAUCGCAAAAGGAAGUACUGUGGACUCUGAAGCGGCGCUGGUCUUUACGAGCGGUUCUCUCAGUAUGGAUUAGGUAAGCACUGCAUGUCGUGAAACUGCACUUGUCCUAGAAUGGUUCGAUAUGAGCUUGUGUUCUACUGUUAGUUUAUGCCUGCCUGUUUUUUACAGUUUAAUCAGAAAAGAUGUUGUUGAAAAUGUUGGCCUUUCUAUAUUAAUUCUAUCAGGAUUUUCUCUCAAUGUCCAUGUUUACAAAAUAAAUCUCUCUGAACAAGGCCAAAUGAAUGAGCUGAACUGCUAACGACUGAUGUAUCAAUGCAUUCUGACUGGAUGGCACUUCGGGGACGUCAUCCUCUGUUACUGGAUUAACAGAUGUACAGACCGCGAUGAAACCUGGUAAAGAAUGUGGAAAUAAACAUUGAGUUUAUUAUAA